GACUUGUGGAAGUGCAGUCUUUUCUUUUAUUCACAAUCUAGUUUUGUUUCUUUUUAGCAGCAGCUGUGGCACUGGGCAUACUGAGAGGAGAGGAGUGAAAGUUGUGGACAGUGACUCGGCAGUGGAGGAGCGAGCAAUGGAGAUUUCGGAGAAUUUUAGGCACGUAUUAGAAACUUACCUCGAACCAGUGCGCUUGUAUCAUGCUCUGGGGGUCGUGUGUGUGAUCUAUGUCGGUAUGCUGCUGACUCGAUUAAUGCAGCGGAGAAAGACACUGAAGGCUGCAUUCGAACAGUUUCCAGGACCACCAGGACACUGGCUGUUGGGAAAUACUAAUGAAUUUCAGCAAGAUGGAACUGAUUUGGAGAAGAUUAUUACUUUUGGAGAAAAUUAUCCAUAUGCCUUCCCAUUGUGGUUUGGCCCUGACAUUUCAAUUUUAAACAUCCACCAUCCGGCUUACGUGAAGACCAUUCUAUCAUCGACAGAACCAAAGGAUGAUAUAGCAUACAGAUUCCUCACUACUUGGAUAGGUGAAGGUUUACUCGUCUCUGCAGGGCAGAGGUGGUUUCGCCACAGACGACUCCUCACCCCUGGCUUCCAUUAUGAUAUCUUGAAGCCAUAUGUGAAGAUAAUGUCAGAUUCUGCCAAGAUCAUGCUGGACAAGUGGGAGACCUAUGCCAAAACACAGGAGUCCUUUGAACUUUUUCAGCAUGUUAGUUUGAUGACACUGGACAGCAUAAUGAAGUGUGCCUUCAGCUGCGAAAGUAACUGUCAGACAGAAAGUGGAACCAACAAAUAUAUUAAGGCAGUGUAUGAUCUGUGUGACCUGGUGAACCUCCGGUUCCGAGUCUUUCUGUACCAUAUCGAUUUCAUCUUUCACCUCAGCCCUCAUGGCUACAUGUACAGGAGAGCAUGCAGGAUUGCACACGAACACACAGAGGAAGUCAUCAGAAAGAGGAAAGAAGUUUUAACUAAGGAAAAGGAGCAGAACCUUUCUCAGAAGAAGAGGAAUUUAGACUUUCUGGAUAUCCUUCUCUGUGCUCGAGAUGAGCAGCAGCAGGGCUUGUCAGAUGAGGACAUCCGAGCAGAGGUGGACACUUUUAUGUUUGAGGGACACGAUACUACAGCAAGUGGCCUUGCCUGGAUAUUGUAUGCUUUGGCCUGCAACCCUGAGCACCAGCAGAAGUGCAGAGUAGAGAUCCAGCAAGCUCUGGAGGGGAAGGACAGUAUAGAGUGGGAGGACCUUAGUAAAAUACCAUACACCACAAUGUGCAUUAAGGAAUCACUACGCCUGUAUCCUCCUGUACCAGGAAUGGCACGGAAGUUAACCAAACCCAUGACCUUCUUUGAUGGAAGAACAGUACCUGAAGGUUGCAUUGUUGGAACCAGUGUUUAUGGAAUCCACCGGAACGCCACAGUUUGGGAGAACCCAAAUGUGUUUGAUCCACUGAGAUUUCUGCCAGAGAACACAGCCAAAAGAUCCCCUCAUGCCUUUGUGCCCUUCUCUGCAGGACCCAGGAACUGCAUUGGGCAGAACUUUGCUAUGAACGAGAUGAAAGUGGGUACAAUGAUGACAUUGAAGAAGUACAUUCUCAUCCAGGACCCAGACCACGUUCCAAAGAUGAUCCCUCGUUUAGUGCUCAGAUCCAUCAAUGGGGUUAACAUCAAGAUCAAAUUAGUUGAGAACUAGAUUAAGAGAGACAAUAUCCUUAUCACUGAAAAGCCCCAAAUAUGGUCCCUGGAGCAUAUCUAAUUUUAGUAAAGGUGCAGCAUAAUCUUUAUUAAGUAAAUAUAUAAUAUUUAAAUCUUGGGUGUUGCAGUAUUGAUCUGUUAGUUGCUGUAAAUUCUUAGUGUGGCUUUAAGCAGUUAUAUUAACUUUAAUGUGUUUUUAAAUAAUCAGUUUUUUUAUAAUUAACUUUUAUGGUGUAAUUUUUUAAAUGUGAAAACAAAUCUGUUAUAUGAUACUGGAAUUUAAAAUGCUGUGCAUGUUGAUAACACAACUCUAUUUUCACGUUGACACAGCAGUAUGUUGCAUUUGUAUAUGUAUGUCAAAGAACAGCUUGUGUUUACCACUUUGUUAAUUAUUUAACUUGGCAGAACGUCAGGUCUUGGUAGAACUAGCUUUUUUAGGUGUAUCAUACAACUCUUUUGUAUUCAAAAUGAAGCAUAUACUUAAUAAUAGUGUCAUUAGGAGAGAAUUAAGCUCUUUAAGAGUAGUUUUACAGGCUGAUCUAAUUGUUUACUUGUUUAGAGAGCAAACAUUUGACACUAAGACCAAAUGUAUAUUACAUUUAUGUGAGUGAAAGGGCAAGCCUGGGGCACCAUAUGCAGCUGUGGAAACGGACUUAAAUACUCAUCCUAAACUGGUUAAAUGAAGAAAAAAGUGCCCACAAUAAAACUGACUUUGAAGUUUA